AUCUCAAAGAGAGAGAGAGAGAGAGAGAGCUGUUACAAAAAUUUCAGUCGCAGAGAGAGAAAAAAAAAAAAAGCAAACCACCAUUGAGACAGGAAGACGAAGUUGAAGACGGAGAAGAAGGCUAAGAUCUCUGAUUCAAAGUUUCUCACUUUUCUGGAACAUGUUUGUUUAUAUAUACAUGUAUAAAUAUAUGUUGGAAAUUCGAUAACGGCAAUUAAGUUAUUUUAAUAAAUAUAUAACCAGGAGAACCAAAAAAAAAAAAGUUUUGGCUUUUGACUCAAUCGAGGAAGACGAUUCAUUUGACUCAUUCACUCAGGUUAAGAAAGUUGAAUGUGAAUGGAGUCUGUGAAGUUCAAAAUUUGAAGCUUAGAACUAGCCAGUGUCUGAUAUAGAAUUCUGGGAUUGGGAUGGGCUGCGAGUGUUCCAAACUCACAACUUGUUGUUGGGAUUCCGAGCAAAAUGGUCAAGCUUCUGAGGCCCAAAAUGCUGAACCUGAAGAGAAGAAUGAUCUUGAUUUGCCUGCAUUUCACGAAUACACGGUCGAGCAACUUAGGAUGGCUACAUCAGGAUUUGCUGCGGAAAAUAUAGUUUCUGAACAUGGUGAAAAAGCCCCAAAUGUGGUUUAUAAAGGGAAGCUUGAAAAUCAGAGACGAAUUGCUGUCAAAAGAUUCAAUAGAUCAGCUUGGCCUGAUGCUCGACAAUUCUUGGAUGAAGCAAGGGCCGUUGGCCAGCUCCGGAACCAACGAUUGGCUAAUUUACUUGGGUGUUGCUAUGAAGGUGAUGAAAGGUUACUUGUUGCUGAAUAUUUGCCCAAUGAUACAUUAGCAAAGCAUUUAUUCCAUUGGGAAACACACCCUAUGAAGUGGGCAAUGCGAUUACGUGUAGCUUUACAUCUUGCGCAAGCUCUUGAAUAUUGUACCAAUAAAGGGCGUGCCCUUUAUCACGAUCUAAAUGCUUAUAGAGUUAUCUUUGAUGAUGAUGGCAACCCAAGGCUUUCAUGCUUUGGUCUGAUGAAAAAUAGUAGAGAUGGGAAAAGCUACAGUACAAAUCUGGCAUUUACUCCUCCUGAGUAUUUAAGGACAGGAAGAGUUACUCCAGAAAGUGUAAUUUAUAGUUUUGGUACCCUUUUGCUUGACCUUCUCAGUGGAAAACAUAUUCCUCCAAGCCAUGCCCUAGACCUAAUUCGCGACAGGAAUCUUCAGAUGCUAACAGAUUCUUGUUUAGAAGGCCAGUUUUCAAAUGAUGAGGGAACGGAGUUAGUACGUUUAGCUUCACGCUGCCUAGAAUAUGAGCCCAGAGAACGCCCUAAUCCGAAAUUAUUGGUUACUGCUUUAGUUCCUCUUCAGAAGGACACUGAGGUUCCUUCCCAUGAAUUAAUGGGAAUUCCUCAGAGCGGUGCUGCCUUACCUCUAUCACCACUUGGUGAAGCAUGUGUUAGAAUGGAUUUGACAGCUAUACAUGAGAUCCUUGAAAAGCUUGGAUACAAGGAUGAUGAAGGUGCAGCAACUGAGCUUUCCUUCCAGAUGUGGACCAACCAGAUGCAGGAGACAUUAAACUCAAAGAAGAAGGGUGAUGUGGCUUUUCGGCAUAAAGAUUUCAAAGCUGCCAUUGAAUGCUACACUGUGUUCAUAGAUGGUGGAACUAUGGUAUCUCCAACAGUUUAUGCACGGCGUAGCUUGUCUUAUCUCAUAAGCGAAAUGCCACAAGAGGCCUUCAAUGAUGCAAUACAAGCCCAAGUGAUUUCCCCAAUUUGGCACAUUGCAUCCUACUUGCAAGCUGCAUCACUUUUGGCUCAAGGAAAGGAAAACGAGGCACAAGUAGCCCUCAAAGAGGGUUCUGUCCUCGAAAGUAAAAAGAAUUCAACUGCUUGACCACCAUAACAAUGAAGGUCAAAAACUAAAUUUAUUUUAAAACUGCUCUUUUGUUGAAGAAGACGAGCACCAUAUUGCGUACAGGCGUCGUCUUUGUAUUCGAGUCGAGCACAUUGAUCAGAGUUUCUAAUAUUCUAAAAAAAUCAAAGCAGCUCAGAGUCGCAUAUAGAAUUGGUGGUGGUGGUUAAUGGGUUAUCUUCUCUAUGGCUUGAUGAACUGGUUCAUUUGUUGUAUCUUGAAGCAUAUUCUUUUUGCAACAUUAUUGGUAUUGGAUGGAAAAGUUGGUAUGGCCAUUUUGGUUGGUGGAGUGGGGUGGGGUGGGGUUGGGUUGGGGGGACACUAAAAAAAAUUAUUGUUUAUGACAAGAUUUGCGAAUGGUUUGUUGUUGCUGCUGCCUGAUCUGUUUCAUUGGAAAUAAUUUGGACACUUGUGUAACAGUAACAGAUUAUAUUUUUGUAAAGGAUUCAACUUUUGUUUAAAAUGUUACAUUGAAAAGGGUGAUGAUGGGGGAUGUUGUUGUUGUAAUUUAUGUACAGCACCUUUGCUCUUGGCUGUCUCUUAUUUUAACAUGGAAAUUGGUUGUGUCUAAGUGCUGUUUAAAUUGCUUUUAAAUAAAACUUUUUGUUGUUCCCUUC